AUGAUUCAACAUAUUAAUUUGGAGCAAAAUAACCAAGUCCUCAUUGAGGGCUUUAAAAGCUACAAGGACCAGACGCACACGGAGGAUUUUGAUCCCAAAAUUAAUGUAGUUGCGAUUCGGUUCGUCCUUAACGAUGCAUUUAUCAACAUGCGAGGGGACGAGCGGCUCCAGCUGUUACACGAGGGUGCUGGACAUCGAAUGUCCAGCGCUUGGGUGGAACUCGUGUUCGACAACUCAGACGGGCGCUUUCCGGGCAAGAUCACUGCCAUGGCCGCCAUGUCGGACGCGCAGCGUAUGGAGCUUCUCAAGGAGAUUGGAGGUGCUCGCGUGUACGAGGAGCGGCGCAAGGAGAGCCUGCUGAUUUUGCAAGAGACGGACAGCCGCGGGCAACAGAUCAAGAGCACGCUUUCGGAGCUCGAGGACAAGUUGAAGGAGCUGGACACAGAGCGCGCCGAGUUGUUGGAGUUCCAGCAGCUGGACCGCCGGCGGCGCUGCUUGCAGUACACCCUGUACGACAAGGAGCUGACUAAGGCGCAUGCUGAUCUUGAAAAGUUGGAGCGGGAGGCCAGUCGCCUACGGGAGACGGUCGGUGCUGUGUCCGAUGACCAGGGCCGGCACUCCGCAGAGCUCAAGGACCUGGAGCGCCAGAUCCGUGCGCUGGAGGCGGAGUUUGGCGUGGCCGGGAACCAGGCGAAGGAGCUGCAGGCUCGCAAGCAGGAGCUGACGGCGCAGCGCUCGCGUGCGGAAGUGGAGAUGGACGAUCUGGGGCGGCGAAUUAGUCGCGCCGAGGUGUUGGCGGGCAGCGCACGAAAGGAGCUGGAAACGUUGCGGGCCAGCGUGGCGGAUGAGCAUGGCAAAAUGGAGAAGGUAUUAUGCUCGUGCUGCGGGGUAUGGCAGGGGUCGCCCCUGCGCGAGGCAGCUGCCAAUGCUGAGUCAGCCCACGCUGCUCUGCUGGCUCGCAUCACGGAGGCGGAGUCCCGGCUGGCAGCGCUCUACCGAAAGCAGGGGGCAAGCAGCCAGUACAAGUCAAGGGAGGAACGUGACGCUGCGCUGAGAAAGGAGAUUGCGGCCAAGGAGUCCAUGCUGGCCUCCAAGCGCCAGGGCCGCGACCGCCAGCAAGCUGAGAACCAGCAGCACAACGAGCUGCUUAUGGAGCUCAGUCAAACCAUCGGGGACCUGGACGCGGAGGUCCAAACUUUGGAGGCCCGAGUGGUGGAGGCGGACAAGCAGUACGCGGAGGCGUCGGCAGCCCGCGCCAAGCUGCAUGACGACCGGAAGGCCAAGCAACGUGAGGAGGAGUUUGCGGAGAGGGCGGUCCGCGCUGCCGUGGACAACGCCAAGGCCAUGCAGCAGUCGUACGACAAGUGCAUGCCGGGAGACGUGCGAAAGGGCAUGCAGGGUCUGGACACGCUCCGGCGGCAGUUCGGAGCGGACAUGCAGGGCGUGCACGGCGCAGUCAUUGAGCACAUCCGGACGCACGAGACCUUCCACGUCGCCAUCGACACGAUUGCAGGCAAUCACUUGUUCGACGUGCUGGUUGAGAGCGACGAGGUGGCGGCUCGGCUGAUACGGCAGCUGCACGAGCGAAACUUGGGCCGGGCCACUUUUGUGCCGCUCAACAGGGUGGGCACGCUGCCCGACAUUGAACCUCCCAGCCAAUUCGGCACGGACGUGGUGCCCAUGCUGCGCAAGAUUCAAACCGAUCCGAGGUUUCGCCCCGCCAUGAAGGACAUGUUCGGCCAGGCGCUGCUCUGCAAGGACAAGAACGUGGCCACUGAGGUUUGCCGCUCGACAGACAAGUUUGACUGUGUCACGCUGGACGGCGAGAAGUUCGGGCGGCGGGGCAACAUCAGCGGCGGCUACCUGCCACAGAACCGUGCGCGGCUGGCAGUGUUCAACGCGCUGAUUGCGGCACGGCGGGAGGUGACCCAGCUGCAGCAGAAGCAAAAGGAGGUCAGCGAUGCGGCGGUGGCCCUGAGUGAGGCGUUCGAGGCCGCCGCUCGCAAGGUGGAGGAGCUGGAGGUAAAGCGGCGUAAGCUGCGGGACGAGGCCCGCAGCCGCAAAGUGGAUCUCAAGGUCCGGCGUGACGAGGAGGUGGAGAUACGGCGCCAGGUGGAGGCACACGAGCGCACGUUGGCGACGUACGAGGCGGACAUUGGGCGAAUACAGGCCGACUUACAAACUCUACGCAGGGAGCUGGGGACCGAGAUGACGUCCAGACUGACCGCCGCGGAGCAGAGCGAGAUGACGGGUCUGAACAUGUCUCUCCAGCAACUCCGAGACCAGCUGCGGCGAGCUGCCGAGAGCCGAGACCAGGCGCUGGCCGUUGUCGAGGCCGCGGAGGCCUACCUCAACGGCGUGCUCCUGCGCAACGUGGCCCAGUACGAGGAGGCGCUCACUACGGACGACGCGGUGAACGACAAGGCUACCCUGGCCCUACGCCAGGGGGACCUAGCCGCUCUGCAGCGGUCGCUGGAGGAGACGUCUCGCGCGGCUGCGGAGGCAGAGAAGCACGCGGUCUCGCUGGGCAGGCAGCUGGACCAACUGAAGCGCAAGCGGGAGGAGCUAAAGGACACGGCAGGAAAACAGGAGGCGGCAGCCGCCGACAGUGCCAAGGCUCUAGAGGCCCUAGGCAACAAGCGGACGACGCUGCAGGGCCGCGCGACCGACUUGGACCGCAAGAUCAGGGACCUGGGCUCACUGCCCCAGGACGCCUUUGAUAAAGCCUACCGAGACCGCAGCACCAAAGAGCUAAUGCGCGCCCUGGAGGAGGUGGCUGCUUCCCUGGAGCGAUUCGCCGGAGUGAACCGCAAGGCACUGGAUCAGUACGUGGACUUCUCCAAUCAACGAGAGGAGUUGGCGACCAGGCUCAAGGAGCAGCAAGCUGCUAAGGACAAGAUCAAGGAGCUCAUUACUUCUCUGGACAUGCGCAAGGACGAAGCCAUAGAGCGAACCUUCAAGGGCGUCGCCAAGAAUUUCCGGGAGGUGUUCGCCGCACUGGUACCAGGCGGGUCUGGUGAGCUCGUGAUGAUACGGGCGGCGGGCCGGGGUGCUGCUGGGGACGGAGACGAGGAGGAUGGAGGCGGGACGGGUGCAACCACGACGACGGAGAAGUACAGUGGUGUCAAGGUCAAAGUGCGGUUUGCUGGCACCGGCGAGGCGGUCUCCAUGCGGGCGCUAUCUGGCGGUCAGAAGACGCUAGUGGCCCUGGCCCUCAUCUUCGCCAUCCAGCGCUGCGACCCUGCUCCCUUCUACCUCUUUGAUGAAAUUGACGCGGCGCUGGACCCGCAAUACCGCACCACGGUGGCCGCCAUGCUGCGUCGCCAGGCUCACGACCCGAUCAACCCGGCGCAGUUCAUCGUGACCACCUUCCACCCGCAAAUCGUCACAGAGGCGGACCGGCUGUUUGGAGUGGCGCACACCAACCGCAUCUCCCGGGUCUACGCCAUCAACCGGGAGGACGCACUGCAGUUCUUACAGGCGGCGGAGGACGACGAGCGUGCCGGCGAAAGGGACACGGGUGAAGCGAGCGCAGAGGGAUCGGGAGCGAGACGCGCAGCCAGGGCGUCUGGUGCGAAGCGAGCCGGCGGCGGCCGCAGCGGCCAACAAGGGGCCGCUGGCGGCGGCGGUCGUACCACGCGUGUUGACAAGUCGCCGGCAGCCGGACGGCAACGUAAGCGUGGAGCCGUGCAUGCGGAUGAGGAAGACGAGGAGGCGGAGAGCGAGAGUCUUGAUGGAAGCGGCGAUGAGCAAGAUGGAGAAGGUGAAGGAAUGGACGAGGAUUGAUUGAUUCCCCAAGGCGCGGCUGCCUUUCUGAAAGCGUUCAGGGAGGAAGGCCGUGCAGGUGUCGCGUUCGGAUUUCGGAUAGGAUUUAUAAAAAUAAACACCUCGGACCAGGCUAAAUGACGAAACGGUCUGAUUUGAGCGGACUACGAGAUGAGGAUGACGUACACAAGACGGCGGACCUCCGCAUGGACCUUUAUUGAGAUCCGUACCUCUUGCUGUGGCCCGCUGAAGGGUUAGAAGGCUUUCCUCUAUCGCAAUGGCGGGACUUCUAAUGGUUUUGCAGGUCGUUUUCUGUGACGAUUGGUUAACGAAGAGUGGCAUUGCGAAAAUUGGUGUUGUGCUCGACUGCUUCCAGUUGCAUGUGCACGGCUGGGACUGGAUGUCAGGUUGUGUGCCAUCCUUUGUUAAUAUUGCGUUGGUC